AUGGCUGUACGUCGCGGGGAUCACGAGAGAGUACAGCAAAUGAUUCAAAGCGAGGAGAAUUUCAUUGAUGUUGUAAGUUUGACAGGACAAUCACCGCUAGUGUUUGCUGCUAGGCUGGCACAUGCAGAUCUCGAAUGCAUUUCUGUUCUUGUGAAGGCUAUAGAUGAAAUACGCAGAGGACAUCACGAUGGUUUUUUGUCUGAGAAUAUUGACGAUAUUGAAGCCAACAGAUAUUUCAGGAGAAACCUUCUUAGAAUGUUUCCUCUUUACGAUGAGGCUGACAUCAAGUAUGCUCUUACCGAUGAAAUGGGUCGAAAUGCGAUGCAUUACGCUGCCCUCUACAAUGCCCCACAUCUUGUUAACUACUUUGCAUCUUGCGGAGCAAACAUGAAUCUCAUCGAUAUCAAUGGUGACGCACCAAUUCAUCUUGCAGCCAAGAACGGAAAUUUUGAAGCUCUUGUGGCUCUUAUCCGCAGCAACUGUGAUGUGAAUAUCAAAAAUGGAUCAGGCGAGGGUUUCACCAAUUUCUUGUAUUAUUGUAGCCUGGAUGCAUGUGCAACUAAUCCUGGCAGGUCACGGAACCGAUUGCUAUUCACUGUGGUAGCGAUGUGUAAUGAGAGGACAGAACCACCACCAGCCUCACACACAGCUGGAGCUAGCUCAUCGCCACCUAUGUGUUGUCAUUCUGAUGGUUUAUUGAUUGCACUCUUGCUCUAA